GUGAAAAUUAUUUUCUCAAUUCUGGAAAGUAAAUUUCCCACUCCAUAACCCGCAAGAAAGAAUAGAGGAGAAAAAAGGCGUGGAGGAGCCGGAGGGAGAUGUAUAACGUUGAUCUGGUCCAUCGUGUUCGUGAUCGUGUUCGUAAUCGUGCCCGUGCCCGCCAAAACACUGGUGACUAGUAAGUUAAAUGGCGCGGAUGAUAGGAUUACAAUACAUUGGAGUGUAAUUUUAGUAAGGAGCUGAGGAGAAAUGGAGACGAUGAUGAAGAACUUCAUGAAAAGCCAUCAAACCCUCUUUCACCCAACCAAAUCCUCUAAUACAAAUAAUAAAAAUAAUUAUCAAUACGACGGCGACGGAGACGGCGACGAUUCAACCAUUCCCCACCUCUCUCCUCUCGCUCAUUCCGUACUCUCUCGCUCUUCCAAAAUCCUUGCAGUCUCAGUGCAAGAGCUACAGCGUCGUUUUAAUGUUGAGCAUGAGGCUGAUAGUCAGCAACUGGUCAAACAUGCAAGGAUUUUCCUUGAGUUUUGUUGCUAUCAAGCUCUCCAUCAUAUUAUCACAACCCGUUCUGAUUAUUUGAGUGACAAGGACUUCCGUCGCUUCACCUAUGACACGAUGCUUGCUUGGGACUCGCCUACUCGUGCCCUUCCCGUUAACGAUUCACCACAGAAUGAAACCAGCAUCUCUUCCGGUGAACGACAAGAGGAGGAUGAGGAUGGCUGGUCCCUUUUUUACUCCACUAGCACUAGUAUGGCUGUUCAGGUUGAUGACACAACAACUGUUGGCCGAGAGGCUUUUGCCCGUAUUGCUCCUGCCUGUCCUGCUGUUGCUGACGUAAUAACCGUCCACAAUCUUUUUGAUUCGCUCACUACCUCCUCAGACAGCAGACUUCACUUUCUCAUUUACGACAAAUACCUUCGCAGCCUUGACAAGAUUAUUAGGAGCGCAAAGAACACACCAGGACCCUUGAUUUCCAACCAUCAGCUUGCUGAAGGAGAGGUCAUCCUUGAUGUUGACGGUACAGUUCCCAUUCAACCUGUUCUACAGCAUAUUGGAAUCUCAGCAUGGCCAGGCCGAUUGACACUGACUAAUCAUGCUAUCUACUUUGAGUCAUUGGGAGUUGGUCUAUAUGAUAAAGCUGUUAGAUAUGAUCUGGCAUCUGAUAUGAAGCAGGUCAUAAAACCUGAAUUAACCGGACCGUUGGGUGCUCGUCUCUUUGAUAAAGCUGUGAUGUACAAAUCAACAUCUGUAGCAGAGCCUGUUUAUUUUGAGUUUCCUGAAUUCAAAGGCAAUUCUCGACGGGACUAUUGGUUGGAUGUGUGUCUUGAGAUCCUGCAUGCGCACAGAUUCAUUCAAAGAAACAACUUCAAUGAGACUCAGCGGUUGGAGGUACUUGCAAGGGCUAUCCUGGGCAUCUUUCGAUGUUGUGGAGUUAGAGAAGCUCUCUGCUGCUUUUCAUCUCAUUACAAAACCUUGCUUGCUUUUAAACUGGCUGAAAGUCUUCCCCGGGGAGAUAUGAUCUUGGAAACUCUGUCCAGUCGCCUGGCACUUCUGAAUGCAACUCCUGUUAGUGGAUCUCCACAUGCAAAACAGCAAUUGAGACUUUCACCGGUUGCACUUCUGACACUUUGUCAACUUGGAUUUAUCUUACAAAAAGAAGCAAAUCUAGAUGUAGAAGUUAUAGCAUUUGGGGAUCUUUGGGCUGGUGAGACAAAUCCUUUGGAAAUAUCUGUGAAACAGUCAAUGUCAGAUACUGGGAAAGCUGAAGCUGCACGGGCAACAGUGGACAAAGUGAAGGUUGAAGGGAUUGAUACAAAUGUUGCAGUAAUGAAGGAAUUGCUAUUCCCGGUUAUAGAAUCAGCUGGCCGUCUCCAUCAUUUGGCCUCUUGGGAAGAUCCUUUCAAAUCGAUGGUGUUUCUGGUGUUAAGCUGCUGUGCUAUUUUAUGGGGUUGGACCAGGUAUAUAUUGCCAUCCAUUUUUGUGUGGUGUGCGGUUCUAAUGUUGGUACGAAGGUAUGUCAGCAAAAAGAUGCCCUUAGAAGCCUUCAGGGUUACAGCUCCCCCAAAUAAAAAUGCUGUAGAGCGGCUGUUGACAUUGCAAGAAGCCAUCACAGAAGUUGAAGGACUAAUUCAGACAGCAAACAUUGUUCUUCUGAAGUUAAGAGCUAUCUUGCUUGCAGUACUUCCCCAGGCCACAGAAAGGGUUGCUCUAUUGCUGGUUUUCGUAGCUGCUGUGCUUGCAUUUGUGCCUCUGCAGCAUCUGAUUCUCUUGGUAUUUCUAGAAGCUUUCACAAGGGAAAUGCCUUACAGAAAAGAAAGCAGUGAUAGGUGGCUGAGACGAUUAAGAGAAUGGUGGGUCAGGAUACCAGUCGCUCCUGUUCAGCUCAUCAAACAGGAUGACAAGAAAUGGAAAUGAAUUAUCCAAGACCGAUUCUUCUGCAAGUUGUAAAUGCUGAAGCACAUAGAUGUUUUGCUAAAGGAAUUACAUACUGUAUAGAAAGGAAGCAGAGGUCCUCCUCCUUUAAAAGGCCUGGAAAGUAAAAAGGCCAUUGCAUGAUGGUAUGAUUUUGAACACCAUACGUUUAACAUUUAAAAUUUGAGUUACAGAAAGAAACAAGGACCCGUCCUGCCUGCAAAUUUUGGCAUGAAAUAAUUCCAGAGUUGCUGUACAAAACCUAGGCCGAGGCAUUCUAAAAGGGAUGGAUGAUCUAUUUCCAUCGUCAAACAUUAUCAGGCCAAAACUCGCGAAAGAAACCCCGCUCAAAUUCCUUAUCCUGUAAACGCUUCUCCAGCUCCUGCAUCUUCCUUUGUUUCUUAGACAGUGCCUUGGAUUUCCUUGAAGAAGAGCGAUCCUGCAAUUCACAAAAACGGGAUGACAUCAUUGUUAGUUGUUGUUAUCAAGAUAAAAGAGUUGAUCAAUCCAAAAAGACCACAAACUAGUAGAGUGAUGGUGAAAGUCGGGAUAGCAACAGCUAAUUUUUAUUUUGUUAGAAAGAGAAAAGAACCCUAACCUGGCUGGUUUUGUCCUUGGAGGAAGAGGAAGAAGAAGAAGCCGGGGCAGAAGAAGACUCGGUCGUGUUAUUCUUCUUCACAAGUAAUUUCUUAUUAUGAUCAGCCCCAAGUCCACGCUUGUUAUUCUUCAAAUAUGUUUGCACAGGCUCCAAUCUCCCCUGCUCAGAAAUCCCAAGGCCAGUUCCUUCCUUCCACCCGUGCUUCUUCAAGAGCUGAAAGCCAAUGUUAGAGGAAUCAAUGGCUGUUGUUGAACCCCUAAAUUGAUCUCCCAUCUUUUUUCAAAAAAGAAAAAAAUCAACCCAAACCCAGAUCCGAUUGACACUGCAAUCAAGAGUGGUGGUAUCGGUUAAGAAGUAAGAAUACGACGUGAAGACCCACGCCCAACACAAGAGAAAUAACAAGGAAAGAUUUCAGGAUGGUCGGUUCCCCUCUUCUCUGGUGGAUUUGUUGAUCUGAGGCGGCUCCGCAUCGCGUGUCCGGACCUUUUAAGGCCCAACCCACUCUCGGGCCAACUCAAGUAUUAUUUCUUUUUCACAUCGAAUACAUGUUUAUUGUAGCCAUGCAAGUAUUUAUUUUGAAAGAGUCUUUGAUAUGGGGUUUGAUUCGAGGACAAA